UUUCUUUGUCACUGUAUUUUGUCUGUCUGUUGUAAACUAUGUCUGCCAGUUUAACAUCCCUUCAAUUUCCCUCCUUAUAUCUCCAAUCCAACAACAAAUUCAACCUUAAAUCUUCUUCAGUUCCUAAAUUCAAUGGGGUUUCAGGGAGAUGUGGGAUUAAAUGCUCUUCUUCAAAUGGAAGAAAACCCAAUUCUGAUUUUAGUGAAGAAGAGAAACGGCGUCGGGCCGAGUUAUCGGCCCAAAUCGCUUCGGGGGCAUUCACUGUUGAAAAGCCUAGUUUCGGAUCGUUGUUGGUGAGUAGUUUAGCAAAAUUGGGCUUGCCUUCAGAUUUUCUUGAACCUUUAUCAAGUUUGAUAAAUUCUGGUGAAAGUUAUCCAAAGAUUCCAGAGGCAAAAGGAGCAAUUAGUGCCAUUAGGAGUGAGGCGUUUUUCAUCCCCUUGUAUGAACUUUUUCUUACAUAUGGUGGAAUUUUCAGGUUGACUUUUGGUCCCAAGUCUUUUCUGAUUGUGUCGGAUCCGAACAUUGCAAAACACAUAUUGAAAGACAAUGCAAAGGCAUAUUCAAAAGGUAUAUUAGCCGAAAUUCUAGAAUUUGUAAUGGGAACGGGACUAAUUCCAGCUGAUGGGGAGGUCUGGCGAGUCAGACGACGGGUUAUUGUACCAGCACUACAUCUCAAGUAUGUAGCAGCAAUGAUUAGCCUGUUUGGAGAUGCCACUGAUCGCCUAUGCAAAAAACUUGAUGCUGCUGCAUACAAUGGAGAGGAUGUAGAGAUGGAAUCACUUUUUUCACGUUUGACAUUAGAUAUUAUUGGGAAAGCAGUAUUUAAUUAUGAUUUUGAUUCAUUGACCACGGAUAAUGGUAUCGUGGAGGCAGUAUACACAGUAUUGAGAGAAGCAGAGGAUCGAAGUGUAUCCCCUAUUCCAACGUGGGAGAUUCCAAUAUGGAAAGAUAUCUCACCGAGACAGAAGAAGGUUAAUGGAGCCCUUAAGCUAAUCAACACAACCCUGGAUGAUCUAAUUGCAAUUUGCAAGAGGAUGGUUGAUGAAGAAGAUGUAGAUUUUAAUGAGGAGUACAUGAACGAAAAUGAUCCAAGUAUUCUCCAUUUCCUGUUGGCGUCAGGAGACAAUGUAUCGAGCAAGCAACUUCGGGAUGAUUUGAUGACAAUGCUUAUUGCAGGACAUGAGACGACUGCUGCAGUAUUGACAUGGACCUUUUAUCUUCUUUCCAAGGAACCUAGUGUCAUGUCCAAGCUUCAAAAUGAGGUUGAUGCAGUUCUAGGUGAUAGAUUUCCAACGAUGGAAGACAUGAAGAAACUUAAAUAUACAACUCGAGUGAUUAAUGAAUCCUUGAGGCUCUACCCACAACCACCUGUUUUGAUACGCCGUUCCCUCGAAGAUGAUGUCCUUGACAAGUAUCCAAUUAAAAGGGGUGAAGACUUCUUCAUCUCUGUUUGGAAUCUUCAUCGCUCUCCUACACAUUGGGUAGAUGCAGAUAAGUUUAAUCCCGAAAGAUGGCCUUUAGACGGACCAAAUCCCAACGAGAGCAACCAAAACUUCAGUUACUUGCCUUUUGGUGGUGGACCAAGGAAAUGCGUUGGUGACAUGUUUGCUUCGUUUGAGGCGAUAGUAGCAGUUGCGAUGCUUGUUCGUAGAUUUAACUUCCAAAUGGCAUUGGGAGCUCCGCCAGUUAAAAUGACGACUGGGGCAACAAUUCACACAACAGAAGGUUUAAACAUGACAGUAACACGGAGAAUGAAGCCUCCAAUUGUCCCAACCCUGGAGACCCAAAGUUUGGGAAACACAGAAUCCUCCAUAAACAUUUCUGAAGCUGAUCCAGUUGUCAGUUGAAAUAUGUUAUUCUUUCAAUUUACAUACACCAUCUGAUACGGAACAAGAAGAAAAAGGGGGAAAAAAAACUAUAAUAUAGCAAUUCCAUAUUUAUAAUGCCACUAAA